AUGGCACAAAACGUGGAUGCAGUAAAGCAGGCGAUGUUUGAAGAGCUGCAGAAGAUAUUGAACCCGGACUCAGAGCAGCGAAAAUCCGCCGAAGCGCGAUUAGCACAGCUAAAAUUCACGGAAUGGUAUGGUGUUAACUUGGCAGAGUUCACGAUCGAUCAGCAUAUACACAUUGGAUUGCGCCAACUAGCCUCGGUCAUGCUGAAGCAGUACGUCGACGAUUGCUGGGCAGAUGGGGGCGAUGAUAUCGAUGGAGAAGACGUUCGUGGUAUUCCUGCUGAACCAGGCAGUUCAGGUGCGGUUCUCCUGGUAAACGAGGAAGCGAAACGACGAAUCAAACAAAUUCUUCCGGAAGGUCUAUGUGACCAGAACAGCAAGAUCCGAUCAGUCGUAGCCUAUUGCAUAGCGAAUAUCGCACUGUAUGACUGGCCUGGUGAUUGGCAGGAGCUUUUUGAUGUGAUCGUAAAGUGUUUAAGCGGAACGGAAAAUUCCGUCGACGGAGCGAUGAAGGUUUUAUCUGAGUUCACCCUAGAGCUGGACCGACAAAUUGGCGAUGUUGCCCCCUUGAUACUGUCGGAGGUAUAUCGCAUUUUUACGGCCGCGAACCAGUACAAUGUUACCGCGCGCAAGUACGCGGUCGAGAUACUUUAUGCACUGCUUCGCGGGAUUGACACGAGAAUUGAAACACGCCAGGAAAAAUCCGCCAUCCUCAACCCUGUAAUGCCGAAUUUUAUGCAAAGUCUUAUAGAGGGUUUGACUGCACCGAACGGACCCCACAGUAGUUUUCAGUUGAAAACACAAAUCAUAAAGGUUCUGAAGUUUAUGAUUUCCGAUAUGUCCAAAUUCAUCCAGCCGUAUUUGGGCACAAUUCUACCCACCAUCUGGCAGCUACUAACGCAAUUGGCUGAUUUUUACGUGAAAGUCGUGGUAAACGAAAUAGAAGCUGCAUCAUUUAACGGAACCGAGCAGGACAGCGAUGAAGCGGAGGAUUUCGUGCAGAUGAUACUGCAGAUCUUCGAGUUCGUGCACACGAUCAUCGAAAUGAAACGGUACAAGGCGGCCAUAACGAACGUUCUCACCGACCUGGUAUACAUUACCGUGCUGUACAUGCAGAUCACGGAGGAGCAAACCCAGCUUUGGCAGGAAGAUCCGGAAAAAUUCGUCGACGACGAGGACGAGCAGGGUGUCGAAUUCACGAUACGUACCACGGCACACGACGUUCUGCUGGUGGUCGGCCAGGAGUAUGAGAAACAGUUGCUACCGUGUUUUACGGAGGCGCUCGGGAAACACAGUGCCGUCGCCGAGGUGGAUCGUAACGCAGGAAACCCGCACUGGUGGAAAAUUCACGAAUCUUCUAUGCUCGCGGUCGGUUCGUUUAAGGAUCUAAUUGUAGAAAAUCCGACCUGCUUCGACAUGGGCCAGUAUUUGGCAUUGAUAAAGAUGCUUAUGGAGAGCCGAGCGUCACCGUACCUGGUCGGUCGGUGCCUGUGGCUACUGAGUCGAUUCUGCGAUUGCGACAUUCUUCGGCAACCGUUUAUGGAACAAAUCAUUAACGUGACAGUCGAUAGCUUAACCGUGGAUAAACCAAUCGUUCUGAGAAUCAUGGCCGCACGCGCGAUAUUUGGAUUUUGCACCAAUCUCAAGGCCAACACGGACGAACGUAACGUGUUGGUACUGUCGAAAUUAGAGCACUUCUUCGAUGGUCUAGUUCCGCUGUUCGAACAAUCACAAAACACUGUUCUGGGUUUGCUUUUGGAAGCAUUGAGCUCAAUCAUAUCGUUUGACGUAAACGCAACGGCCACCAUGUGCCCGAAGGUCAUCAAUAUAACGAUGACCGUGUUCGAGAAAUAUCACGACGAUCGGUUCCUACUCGAAAUGGUGCAGGAUGUGUUUAAGAUCCUAUCGCAGAAUCCGUUCUGCCUGCUGCCCCUGCAGGAUCGCAUUAUCCCGACGAUAGUGAGCAUUCUGAACCACCCGCAGGGAUCUGAGCAAACGCUCGCCCCCGAUAUAGCGCUGGAUGUACUGCAGACUCUUGUCAAAUACUCCCAGGGACCGCUCAGUGAUGCGAUGAUCGAAAGCGCAUUCCCAUCCGCCGUGCACUGCAUUCUCCGUACUGAGGAUCACUCCGUAAUGCAGUCAGGAGGUGAGUGUUUGCGAUCGUUUUUAGCCGUCUCGCCGGAGCAAGUCUGUCGGUACAAAAACGGCGAAGGGUUGAACUACGUACUGCAGGUCGCCACAAUGCUGCUCAAUCCAAUGAACACGGAGUCAACAGCUUCAUUCAUCGGACGGCUGGUGAUAACCGUCAUCACCAAAGUCGGCAACCUGCUGGGUGAUUCCGUCGAUUUGCUGCUAAAAGCGGUCCUCAGCAAAAUGCAGCUGGUCGAGAGCCUGAACGUGAUCAUGAGCCUCGUUACCAUCUUCGCCCAUCUGAUCCUACUGCAGCUUGACGCGGUCAUGAACUUUCUCAGCACUGUACCAGGACCGACGGGCGAAACGGCCAUGAGCUUCGUUUUGGCUAACUGGCUUAGCCGGCAGCAUUUGUUCUACGGGCAGUACGAGCGCAAGGUAACGACAUUGGCGCUCUGCAAACUGUUUGAACACGGUGUAACGACAAAGGACGACCGUCUGAACACGGUCAUGAUCAAGGAGCAGGUGGUGACGGCAAACACUGCGAGUGCAGGCCGUCGUACUCGUUCGGCGUCUGCCAAAACGCCCACCGUAUGGGUCGAUACGCCAGUGCUUGUGAAAAUUUUCAAGCUUUUGCUCCACGAGUUAGCCAACCUGCGUGAGGCUAAGGAUGCCCGCAACAAGGUUCUCGAUAGUGGCGACGAAGCGAACAGCUCCACCGAUGAUGACACGGACGAUAUUAGUGCAGGUGCCUCGAAAAUUACCUCUUUUGCCGCGUUGUUGCAGUUGGACGAAGGCGACGAUGAGGAAGAGGACGAAGAUGAGCGGCAGCUAAUGGCAGAACUGAUGAAUGAUCCUAUUUUCCAAUGCGAUACUACGGAGUAUCUGACCAAAUUCAUCGAAAGCUUUAGCCAGCAUGAAAACUUCCGCGCGUUUUUGGAAAAGAUAGAUGAGACGGAGAAAAACAUUCUCAAAAGUUUCAACAUUUCCUUGAUGUGAUUGAGUUUUGCCUCGCAGUAUCAUUCACUGGUCGGAGGCUGGAAGGAGAGCAUCACCAUUUUUAAGUUCAUUUGCUUUUGAAUCAA